AUGCGCACCCCGCCCCCCACCUCUGGGUUCACCGCCCAGCUCAUCAAGACUGUCGAUCGCCUCGCCCAGCCGAACAACAACGAAGUCAUGCCCCGCCGCCCAGGCGACGCGCACAGUCCCAGGUCCCCCGUUGCCACCCUCGCGCCGCUCUCCCCCUCCGUGCUCGGCGCCGAAGACGUCAACUCGCCCGCCACCGAGGCCAAGGAGGGCCUCCUUCGUUCCGACAUGGCGAUCCACUCGGCGGUUGAGGUCACCGGCGGUGCCGCUACCAGCAACAAGACUGCGUACCACUUUAAGGGAGCUUCGGAGUGUAUCGAGGGUGAGUUUGUGCCACCAACACCAAACUUCUGUGCGCCUCCUACUCCACCAUCACCCACUGCAACAGACCUCAACACCACGAGCGGCAUGCCCUACCAUUUCCCUCUCCCACCUACCGCUCAUGUUUUCAACACCCACAACGUCCAGUCCAACGCCGGCUUCUACGGGAUGCCACCUCUCGGCGGCUACACAGGUGGUACCUCGACGACCAUCCCCAAGCCAACCCCGUUCGAUUUCCGCCUCCCCCACCACCGCGACUACGACGACAUGCCCCUCCUGUGGAAUGACAACCCUUUCGCUACCCAGGGCGACAUCACCUACACCUUGCCUGAACCUGAGGUGACUGUCAACGAGCGCGGGCCCGGCGUCAUCCGCACCGCCCCAUACGAGGAGUACCUGUCGGGUGCGCUCGAGCACCUGCUCCCUCUCCCCAAGUGCGAGGGAACGGGCGGAAGCGACUUCCACGACAAGGUCAUCAAGGGUGACUUGGACCUGGGCGCUCUGCAUCGGCAGGCUCGUCACGAGGUCGCUCGCGUGUUCAACGCCCACAGCGAGUUCGUCGAGAGGAUCAACUACUACACGAACAGCGACGGUCCUGUCCCCGAUUGGGCUGCUCCCCACGUGGCGUUCUUGCUCCAGCCACCUGCCGACCAGAUCAUGGCAGUCCACGGUAUCUACAGCCAGACUUACAUGGGUGCCACCGAGGCUGCGAGUGCUGCCCCCGAGGUCGAGGACGACGAGGCCGCGGGGCGUCGUCAGCGCGUCAGCGCCGAGCUGCUCCUCAUGGACGACCACCUCGCCAUCCUCCGCCGCGAGCGCGACGAGGCCGCCUCGGGCCACAGCUACAACGAGCCCGCCCAUGUCUGCGGUGCCAACUGUGGCAGCGACGGUACUUCCCUCUCCAACCACGCCGCGCCCCUCCACUAUUUCCCAGCUCCGACCGCCCCACACGAGCUCGCGACGUCGACCACGGAGCGCUCCGACCCUUCUGAGUACAUCGCUCACUGCUCUCCCCCUUCGGACGACGGCGACACAGAAAUGCAGUGGGACAUUGCCUCCGCCGACCGCUUCGACGCACUUCGCCGCUCGACGGUUGCGCUUCGCACUCACAACGCUGGCACUUCGGCCGCCACCGGGCCCGCGCCUUCGUCGCAGGGCGGCUCUGCCUCUGGCAGUGGCAGCGGUGGUGGCAGUGGUGCCACUAGCGCCGCGGCGACCAGCGCGGGCGGGCACAACCCAGGCGACGACCACAACGACGACGGCGACAACGGCGACGACCGCGGCCGUCCCAACUGGCUCGGCGACGACAUCCCCUUUGCGUGCCCGUUCUGCAAGCGCACCAAGGACUCGCCGCCCAUCGUUCCGAACGGGUACCAGCCUUGCCAGUUCUGCCCCGUUUUCUACAAGGAGUACCUCGACAAGGUUGAAGAGCGCAAGGCCGCGAAGCGCUCGCCGCCGACACGCGUCCCCCGCUACGUGCCGGUAACGGAGGCUUCGCAGGCGCAGAUGCAGGCGGCCGAGGGCCCCAAGCACCCGUUCUACAACCUGUGGGGCAUCAACCUCGAGGCGGUCAACAGCGCUGCCGAGCGGUACGCCAGCCAUGCCGCGAGUGCCGGCCGCGCCGAGGUCCGCUCGCCGCCCACGCCCGAGCCCCGUCCCGCCGCGCCCCUCAAGCUCACCCGCGCCGAGGCCGCCGAGCCGCGUGCGCCUGUCCUCCCCGUGCGCCGCGAGGAGCCAGGCAAGAAGAGCCCCACGCGCGCCGAGACGGCCGCGCGCCUCCGCAACCCCGACAUCGACACCUCGCGCAAGUUCGCCCACCUUCCCCCGCCCAAGGGCGAGCACCUCGUCUCGGCGUGGGCGCCCGCCGCCGGCCCGCUGUUCUGCUCCGGCCCACCCCGCGACAACUGGGACUACCGCGGCAUCCUCAACAGCUGCCCUGAGUUGGUUGUGGCUUUCGGCACGGUCGGUGCGCCCAACAAUGUGCUCGGCAGCGACGGCGCCAACACCGACGCCAGCAUCCCCACCAACAACGCCAACGCCGGACCCAGCGGCACGCACAACGCCGCCACCGCCGCCGUCCCCACCGCCGCCGUCCCCGCCCCCGCCGCACCCACCCUUAACGUCCACGUCACCUUCCUGGUCGACGGCCCGCUCAACGGCGGCAACGCGACCGUGACGAGAGCCGACCCGCCCAGCCCCAUUGCCGUGCGCCCGUCCACGCCUUACCCCGCCGCCGUGGUGCCUCCUUUCGUCCUCGACACGCCGUCGGACCCGCGCUCGCCGCGCACUGUGGUGCCUACUGUCGGAUUCACGCCUACUGCUGCUGCCCCCGGACCGGCUCCUGCUCCUGCUGCUCCUGUUGCCCCUGCCCCUGCGCGCACUGUGAUGCGCGCUGUCGGAUUCACGCCCGCUGUUGCCUCCGGAUCGGCUACUCCCGUUACUGCCCCUGCUCCUCCCCGUGCUCGCGGUGCCAGCAACUUCGCCCGCGCCUCGGCUCGUGCUGUCCCCGCGGCCGCUAUUGCUCGCCCCGCCCCCGCCCCCGCUCCUACUCCGGCGCCGCCUGCCCUUGCUCCGCCUGCCGUCCCCGCCGCCGCCGCCGUGUCGCCGCACGCCACCUCGCCGCCGAUCGACAUCCCGGCCCGCACCCGCCAGCCCUCCUUCGGCUCCUUCGGCUGGGGCUUCUCGGAGCCGUUGCGCCCCCGCCGUCGCCUCUCGUUCGGCGACGACAACGACGAGGACAAGGCCGCGUCGCUGCCCGAGAUGUAG